AUGGAGCCCAUAUACAUCACAUACCUCAAUGGCAUAGACAUUGCGGCGCUGAAGCUCACUGAUGCGGAGAUACUCGGGGCCAUUGAGAAGGCUCUAGAUGCGCAGGGCCGCAAACAGACCGUCAUCGAGCCACGAGUGCAUCUUGUGCCACGCGAUUCAGCCAAAGGGCACUUCAACAUUCUACGCGGUGUUGUCCACCCACUCAAUGCUGCAGGCGUCAAGGUUGUUGGCGAUUUUGUCGACAACUACAAGCACGGACUCCCAUCCGAGUUUGGCAUCCUCAACUUGUUCGACCCAGACACUGGCAAGCCCAAGGCAAUUAUAGAUGCGACAUCCAUUACGGACAUGCGCACUGGCGCAGUUACGGCCUUGGGGGCAAAGUACCUGGCACCCAGCAAACCGAAGAUCCUUGGCCAUAUUGGCGCGCGUGGCAGCUCUUACUGGAACAUUCGUCUCUUAGCCAGUCUCUUCCAAUUUGACGAAAUCCGCAUCCAUUCCAAGCGCAAAGAGAGCCGUGAGGCGCUGGGCGCUCGGCUAGAGAAAGAGCUCGGAAGGCCGAUUCGCGUGCUGGAUAGUUGGGAGGAGACUAUCGUAGGAGCGGACAUUGUCGUUGAGGCCUCACGACUGGCAGCACCAGAACCUCUACUCAAGACGAAUUGGAUCAAAAAGGGUGCGCUGGUGAUGCCUUACGGCACAAUGAGUGCUCUAGAACUCUCACUGACGGACAUUAUGGACAAAAUGAUCGUCGACGACUGGGGCCAGUGUCGCAAGGGUCUUCCGCUGGGAGCCCUGCGACAACAUGUAGAUAAUGACAAGCUGACAGAAGAGAAUCUUUAUGCUGAGAUGGGUCAGAUAGUGGCAGGGUUAAAGAAGGGAAGAGAGAGUGACGACGAGACGAUAUUGUUUUGGCAUCGUGGGUUGAGUCUCAGCGAUAUUGCGCUCGGCACCGCCAUCUUGGACAAGGCGGCGAAGCUUGACAUUGGACAACGCCUGAGAUAUGCUUAG